UUUCCCUUGAUUACUCAUUUUUUAAACAAAGAACCCAUAUAAUGUCUGACGUUGACGAUUACGAUUGCCCAUUGUGUAUGGAAGAGUUGGAUCUAUCUGAUCGCAACUUUAGACCCUGUCCAUGUGGUUACCAGAUCUGCCGAUUCUGCUGGCACCAUAUAAGAGAAAACCUAAAUGGACGCUGUCCAGCUUGUCGUCGACUUUACUCUGAGCAGACAGUGGAAUUCACACCUAUCAGUUCGGAUGAAAUUGUUCGUCUAAAGAAAGAGAAAAAAGAGAAGGAGCGACAGCAAAAGGAGAUGGAGCAAGCGAAUCGAAGACAUUUGGAAAAUACCCGUGUGGUGCAAAAGAAUCUUGUCUAUGUCAUAGGCUUGAAUCCCAAGUAUGCUAACGAAGAGACCAUCAUGUCUCAGGAUUUCUUCGGCCAAUAUGGAAAGAUUUCAAAAAUCGUCAUUAAUAAGCGUCCACCUCCACCGUCUGCAACCGCAAGACACGGUGCGGCGGCAUUGCCUAGUGUUGGGGUGUACGUGACGUACUGUCGAAAAGAUGAUGCUGCUCGAGCAAUUGCAGCAGUCGAUGGAAGUGUCAUGGGAGGUCGUAUGCUACGAGCAUCAUAUGGAACUACCAAAUAUUGCUCCUACUACCUUCGAAACAUGGCUUGUCAAAAUCCUGUAUGCAUGUAUUUGCAUGAUCUAGGCGACGACGCAGACAGUUUCUCCAAAGAGGAGCUAGCCGUAGGGAAACAAAACCUUCGCGAUCACAUUUCCUCUGAAGUCGAUUCAAAACCUCAAGUUUUAGGUCAACAUGCUCGUCCACCCACACCAGCUGACUUCCCGCCUAUGAUGUCUUCUUACCAAAGUGGCCGACGUCCAGCGACACUGGAAUCAGUCGCGCAUAUACAGUUCAAGAACAAGCAACUCCCCACCGUGGCGCAUCCAAAUGACUCUGGAGAAGAUGUUUCGGCUGCUAAUUCGGAAGACGAAAAAUCAGACGAAAAGUCAGCUUUGCCAGCCACCGUCUCAUGGGCUACUGGAAGUGGUCCCAACACUCCCAAUUUGAAGUCUGCAUCCUUACCUUUGACACCGGAUAACUUUGGACCAUCCUUGGCGGCAGCGGCGGCAGCGGCAGCUCAAGCCAAACAACAAGCCAAAGCAAAGGCGAAUAAGAAGAGAAAUAAGGAUAAAUUGGAAGUUGGUUCACAAACGUCUGCGGUUGACGACGAAAGCAAAAGUACAUCUGAUGGACAUGUGCCUCAAUUGGUAUCUGAUUCAGGAGAAGAAGCCGAGAACGAAAUGGAUGAGAUGGAGUUCACACAAUACGUUUUGGGCGGCAACCACUUUCAGCGUCUUUUGUCCAUUAGCGAUAAGGAUGCAGAAGAUAUGGAAGAUGAAGUCGUUGGUAUACAGGCGUUACGCGAUGAUCCACAACCCGCGGAAGACGAACCUGUGGUGGCAGAUCUCAUCAAAGAUUCAGAACCAGUAUCCACAUUCUCUAUCUUAAAGACAAGCUUAUCUCCAUACAGCAGUACAGGCUAUGUCGGGCCAUUCAACCCAUUUGCGAAGGAUGAGCCAGCUUUGGAUGACAUGGCAAGCCUAGAAUCCUUGCGAAAAACACUUCCGGAUAUACGCACAUCGCCUACGAUGCAUAUGUCACCAGUGCGAAAUCACCUUCAGUCUUUACCUCAUAAUGUGCCAAUGCAUGCUCCACCUCAACCUAAUAUAUUAGGUAUGCAAGCCGGAGGUGGAAAAUCACCUCAAGCUGCCAACGCCUUUUUGCAAGCAUUACAACAUCGUCAGCCUCUUCAUCAUGCUAAUCCUAUGGUGGAGAAUAUGAUGGGAAGGCCAGAUACGUCAAUGCGUGGUCCACCUCCUGGUAUCAGCCAUCCGCCUAAUUUGCCAGAUUCUUCACAUGCCCGGCUCAGUCCACAAGCCUUUAUGCACUUGAAUAUUCUCAAUAAUGCCGCUGUUCAACCAGAGAUGAGUAUGCAGCAAUCGCCUGUGGUAACCAACAAUGGCCAUCCCAACAUGAUGUCGCCUCACAGAAAACCUUCGGAAGCAUCCGUCUUCCAAGACACGGCUAUCAUGGCUUUAGGUAACCAAGUUGUAUCGCCCAUGUUCAACGAUGACAACCAAGCUCCAGAGGCACGCCGAUUGAGAGUGUUCCAAGGAUUGAGAAAUACUGAACCUUCAUUCACACCACCUGUGGCUAACAAUAGUAAUGAUAUUCGAGCUGGACUGGCUGCUCUUCUGAACGGUGCUAACUAUCCCGGAAAGCUAUCUAAUACAACCCCCAACAAUGUCGCACCUCUGUAAAACGAAGGAACUAUUGAUUCGGUCACCCACCACCGAGAAAUUAGCUGAACGAAUGGGAUCUUUGCUGCCUGUCAUACCAUUUUGUGACCUUAUACCCUCUCAGCCCUGCCAGUCUUACUGUAAUUCCUAUAGAAUGUGGUACCGCCCUUCGCUUUUUUCGUUUCUUUUUAUAAAAACAUAAAAAACUCUACUCAAUAAAAAAAGCAAAAAGUAUAUUUGAAAAUCACAAGAA